AUGGCACCGACAAUGGGUGGCCACCAACAGCAGCAGCAAUCGGCGUCGCCGUCGGCCGAUAUGCCCGAUCUGAGCCAUCUGACCGAAGAGGAGCGACUGAUCAUCGAAUCAGUUAUGAUGAGACAGAAGAAAGAAGAGGAAGAAGAAGCCGUUGUCUUGAAGAAAAAACAGGACGAAGUAAUGAUAUUAGAGAACGCCAUUCGUAAGCGAAAUGAAGAACAAAAGAAAUUGGGUUUAGAAAUGGAGGCCACGUGUCAGAUAUGCCUGAAGACCAAGUUUGCCGACGGUAUUGGACACGUUUGUAACUAUUGCAACACCCGAUGCUGUGCCCGAUGUGGUGGCAAAGUCACUCUCAGAUCAAACAAAAAUAUAUGGGUUUGCAUAUUGUGUCGGAAAAAACAAGAGUUGCUUAUAAAAACUGGCCAAUGGAUCCAUUCAUCGAUGGCCAAUCGUCUACAACAAUUAGAAGCUGAAGCCGAGACACCGCUCAUGGAACGAAUGGGCAGAUUCGGUGUCGGUGGCGGCGGCAAAGAAAACUAUAUGAACUCUGUCUAUCAGUCCGGCAUUGGUGGUGGUGGUAGUGGUGGCCGCCGAAGUUCACUGAGCGGACUGCCCCAGAAUCCGCUAACACAGCAGCCGAACAAAGAGUUGCGGCGACAGUAUUCGCACGAGAAUCAGUCGUCAACUGUCCAUCACCAUCACCACCAUCAGCAGCAUCACCAGCAGUCGCCAAUCGUAUGGGACGGUCGAUCAGCAGCUGCACAGCCUUUAGUUGAACACAUAUUGCCAUUUAAUUCAAUAAUGCAGUCAAAGAUGAUGAUGAAGACAGGGUCUGCUGCCAUCACUAGUCAGCAGCAGCGGCUGAUGCCCGAGAUUCCUAUUAUCGGCAGCAGAAAGUUGGACCAAUCGACAGAUAUUUCCAUAUUCCGCAACAACCAUAGUCGCAGUGUCGAACCGCCGAUGAUGCCAUCGUCGGUGGUGACCACUAUCGGCGGCGGCGGUGGUGGUACUGGUCGCAAACUGCCGCCUCAAAGACAACGAAGCAACGAAUCCAAUUGGACGAGUGGCGUAUCGGACGUGUCUUUCGGUACACUAUCCGAUUCAACAGUUCACGCCGAGACUACAACAUCAUCGAUGACCGCCACUACCACUACUACCCAUAGUAGUGGCCAACAACACCAACAACUGCCGGCCAGCAAACAGUUGCCCCGUAUAACAGCACAACAGCAGGCAAUCCUAAGGGAACGGACGACAACUACGGCGACCACCGCCUCGACGACUCAUAUGGGCUUAGUUAGCAAUUUUAAUACCGGUGUGCCUUGUAUUACAAACUCACAGCAACAACAACUAAUAGACGCCAUACCUCUCAAUAAUCAACUAUAUUCUUCAAAUAAUGGUUUUUCUAAUCAACAACAACUACAACAACAACAACAACAAAUGACCACUCAUUUAGUAGAUCCGACAUCUGUCACAUCACACCUGUACUCCACCAACACCGGCGGCGGCGGCACUGUCAUCGGCGUCGACAUUAACCAACAGCGACAGUCAUUUCAUUACCAUCAGUCAGGUAAUCAUCGGCGAAGAAGUACAACAGAUAGUGUCAUCCGAAACGAUUCGUUAAGUUCGGAUCAAUCGGAAAGUGUUGUCCGGCCGCCGCCGCCCAAACCGUACAAAUUGCGUAACAAAUGCGGCAAAAAGUUGCGUCCGUACAGCAGCUUCAGUAGUUCCGACGAUGAAAUCCGUUCGACACCCGAUUGUUCCACUGAAGAAGACUUGGACAUCGAAAGCGAAAGUAUUAGCGAAAAAGGCGAACUCAUUGACCAUAAUCUUCAUAAUAAGUGCCAAAAAAUCAUGAAACCAGAGGAAAUACUUGACGCCAAAAUUAAAAAAUUUCUCGCUCAUCCAAUAACGUGGAAACCGUCGGCCGACGGUAGUCACCUAAUCGGACAUAUGAUACUGAAAAAACAUUUAGCCGACGAUACAGUGUCCUCGUCCAGUGCCACCAUAUUGGGACUCAAGGUAGUCGGCGGCCGGAUCAUCGAAGGUGGCCGACUGGGGGCCAUUGUGGAAAAGGUCAAAAAGGGCAGCAUCGCCGACACCAUUGGCCGUCUGAGACCCGGCGAUGAGGUACUCGAAUGGAACGGUAGAUCACUACAGGGUAAGACCUACGAAGAGGUCUACGAUGUGAUCGCCGAAUCCAAACAGGAACCACAGGUCGAGCUCAUUGUUUCCCGGCUAACCCAAAAGCUUCCGUUGGCCACCAAUCCGACAUCGAUACUGCUGAAGGAGGACAUGCUUAUACCUCCCAAUCGUAUCGGUAGACGACAUACCGAUGUUAUGGCUAAUAUGGGACCACAGUUUAGUUACGAUAAAACAUUUAUGCGGGGCAGUAGCCUAGGAGCUGAACUAAGCCGAUCUAACCGACCAUUUUUGAAAGUGACCCGCACUUCAACUAUAAGCGGCAGAAUUCAGGUUAAGCUCUGGUAUGACAUCCAAUCUUUACAAUUGGUUGUAACCAUUAUGAGCGCAAUCGACUUAAAUCCGCGAAAAAACGGUUUUCCACGCAAUCCGUAUGCGAAAAUGUUUUUACUUCCCGACAAAAGUGAGAAAAGCAAACGGCGCACCAAAACGGCUAUAAAUACUGUAGAGCCGGUCUGGAACCAGACGUUUGCCUAUACGCCGCUCAGGCGAUCGGAAAUGAAGUCCAAAGCACUGGAGAUAACCGUCUGGGACUACGACCGAUACGGUGCCACCGAAUUCCUGGGCGAAGUACUGAUCGAGCUAUCGGUGGCGCCGUUAGAUGACGAACCCGAAUGGUAUCUGUUGGCCACACACGAGGAAAUUGUUGCUCAAUUACGACUCCAACAAAAGCCAUACCUGACAAGUGCUGACCGCAUAUCACCCUCCACUUCCUCACGCCUUUCCGAUAGUGAUAUAUCCGAAUUAGACUUUGAUGACGGUUUCAAUACUUCUAGAGAGUCGUGGAGGGGACUACUGGCCGAUACCAGCCAGAGCUCGAUUGGCAGCAGUGGUAGUCCGCCGCUCAUCAAUACUACUACAGAUCCAACCAAAUCCCAUAGUUCCCGAGUUUACAAUUAUUUAUCGCAAGACAUGGAUAGACGCGGCGGCGGCAGUGGUGGACGACAUGGAUUAGCUAAUGAAGGAACGACAUCAUCGCUUCCACCCUAUUAUAUGCUUAACGAACACGAAGUACUCAGAUAUCGGCCCGACUUUCGCAAAAGCAGUUCCCAACCAACUCGUUCACUAUCGCCGCCAUCGUUGCGGUCGCGAUCGCCGUCAGCAUCGCUGGGAACGCCGACCAGCAGUUCAGUUGGUUUCAAUAAGAAACGCCAUUUACCGCAAGUGCCGGCCAUUGGUGGCCGAAGCAACCGAGUUGGCGGCGGUGGUGACAGUUUACAAUCGACAAGUUUUGAUAGACACCAACAACCACAUCAACAACAACAAGCAAACUGGAGACCGCAUAUACCUCAGCGGCGAUCGCUUGACCACCGAAGCGGCAGUGGCGGCGGCGGUACGUCUUCGGGCAUGUAUUCCGAUAGUGAGAUAACCACUCGGCCUGUAUUCGGCAAUCGACAACUGUACGCGCAUCCGAUCAAAGACCAACCACAACAUCAUCAUCACCGACGGGAUAGUGGUCGCCAAUCGCGGCGAUCGGCAACUUUGGACGAUAGCCACUCUGGCGGUGGUGGUGGCGGCGGCGGAGACGAUAGUCAUCAUCAUCAUCACCAGCGAGAGUAUCAAUCGGAAACUGAAGGCCAUCAUCAUCACCGACGUGACACUGUUGAACGUCGGGACAGUUAUCGGGAUAGAAAAGACAGGGAUCACAGGGAUCAACGCGAUCAACACGAUCAACGGGAUCAACGGGAUCAACGGGAUCAACGGGAUCAGCGGGAUCAACGGGAUCAACGGGUAGUACGCGACCAACGACGAGUGUCGACCGGCGACCGCGGUAGACAUGGUGGCGGUGGUGGUGGCCAUCAGGACAGCGGCGAUGAAUCGGAAAGUAGUCUACAGUCGAAAGCUAGUGUUCAAAGUGCCUUCUCUACACUAUCGGAUAGACCCAAACCCAGUCGUACACUUAGUGAGUUUACAUCAAAGAUGCAAAGUCAUGGACCCGUCCAUCCGGCGCAUCCGUCGCGUACAUCAAUAGCAAUAAGUCGGUUAAAUGAGUUGGACUUGAAAGACGAGUCCAGUUUAUCUGAUACUGGUAUUGGCGGCGGUUCUGACGGUCAACUAGAUUUGUCGACAACAACGAUGCCGACAACGGGAGCGGCCAAUCAGCCGCACCAGACCGGCAAAUCGUCGUCGACGUUGACCAAGAAGAGCAACAGCACAUCCCAGCUCAGCGUUUCCGGCACAAAAAAGAGGUUAGGUUUCCGUCGAAAGCAGGCGACGUCUUUUAGUGUCCACCGAAGCGAAGAAGUAGUUCCCGACGAAGUCCGCUAUUUAGUCAAACAGUGCAGUUCGGCGUCCAGUGAUGGAGAGGGAAGUCUGAGUGGGGAUAGCUCUCAGACUUGGGUGCCAUCGUUACGGUUGGCACCGGAAGGCGAGUUUUCCAACUUUGUCGAAGGUCUGGGUCCCGGACAGAUAGUGGGCCGGCAGGCACUGGCCUCACCAAAUCUUGGCGAUAUACAGCUGAGUCUAUGCGAUAGAAAGGGCAACCUUGAGGUAGAGGUGGUCCGGGCCAGGGGUUUGCAAGCAAAACAGAGCUCGAAAACACUUCCAGCGCCUUAUGUCAAAGUAUAUCUCGUUAAAGAAAGAAAAUGUAUAGCAAAGGCCAAGACGGCUACUGCCAGACGAACAUUGGAUCCGCUAUAUCAGCAACAGUUGCUCUUUACCGACGACUAUAGAGGAUGUACUCUUCAGAUUAUGGUUUGGGGUGAUUACGGCCGAAUGGACAAAAAGACAUUCAUGGGUGUCGUCCAGAUUAUCAUCGACGAUCUCGACCUAUCCAACAUUGUUAUCGGUUGGUACAAACUGUUUCAUACAUCAUCGGUAAUCAGUUUACCGCAAAGCGGUCGGGCCAGCAAUUCAUUGAUGUCGACGUCGAUGGAGAGCUUUAGUUAACGGUUAGAUCCCAACAACUAAACUACAACUAACUAACCAUAACUACAACAACAAACAAA